CGCCGGUAGGUACGCGGCUCGUGCAGGACGCGGCGAGGCCCGCGGCCGCUCCUCCGCGAGGCUGCGCCGCGGAGCGGGCUGGGCCGAGGAGCGCCCGGCAUGUCGCAAGGGCUCCCGGCCGCCGGCAGCGUCCUGCAGAGGAGCGUCUCGGCUCCCGGGAACCAGCCGCAGAGCCCCGAGGAUGAUGACAGGAAGGUCAGAAGGAGAGAAAAAAACCGAGUUGCUGCUCAGAGAAGUCGGAAGAAGCAGACGCAGAAAGCUGACAAACUCCACGAGGAAUAUGAGUGCCUGGAACAGGAAAACACAGUGCUGCGGAGAGAGAUCGGGAAGCUGACGGAGGAGCUGAAGCACCUGAGCGAGGCGCUGAAGGAGCACGAGAAGAUGUGCCCGCUGCUGCUGUGCCCCAUGAACUUGGUGCCGGUGCUGCGGCCGGACCCCGUGACCAGCUGCCUGCCCCGGUGAAGCCCAGCGAGGAGCCUCGGUCUUUCUCACACCUGGGAGGAGGGUUCCCUCCACACCUGCGUGCAAGGGGACCUGUGACCAGGCCUCCUCCACCGUUUCCCCCUCCUGAAAAGGUCACCUUCCAUCCCUUUGGGUGGUUUUGUGGCUCAUGGGUCUUGCUUCUCGGUCCUGGUCAUCUCCCCCACAGCCAGGCCUCCUCCCGGGAGCUCUGGGCCACGUGCCACGGGCCCCUGACUCUCAGUGCCUCGGGCGGAUCCGGAUCAGGAGACCACCCUCACAACUACUUCACUCCACUUCGGCAGCUAGGAGGUUCCGCUGUGAUGCAGAAUCCUUUUCUCUAGAAUUUGGAUAAUAAAGAUGGUUAUUAUCUCUC